AUGGCUGAAGAAAACGCCAUCCCGCUCGUCGCUUCUCCCUGGAAACUCAAAGGGAGUGUCUACGCCUUCGGGUAUUGGGCAAAGGUCGACGCCGCUGGCAAUCUGCCCGAUGUCGCCUACUCCCCUCUCGAGCAUGCUUCAUCCUUCGCGUCGCCCGAAGGCGGUCGUCCCAUUGGCGGCCUCAGUAUGAUCCAGAUCAUUCGCUACACCGAGUCGCCGGCUGGGCCGUACGACGAGCUUCUGAUAAGCCCUGGAUAUUUCGAGUACACGGUCGAGGAUAAGAAUGGAAAGCGCGUCAAGAAGAAGCACCUCCGUAUCACGCGAGCCUAUGUGUCACAGAAGAUAACAAAUUGGAACGGAAGGACGAACUGGAAUAUUCCCAAACAUCUCGCGAAAUUUGACUGGGUUACGAGUGAUGAUGGACAAAUGUCCGUAAAAGUGUUCCCUCACGAUACCACCGACGAUCCAAAAGAGUCAAACCCAUCGACUACCCCGUUCUUUCAGGCAUCAUUCAAGCCCACAUCUUACCUACCAUCAUUCCCGCUGUCUUUCAAGGUCUUGAACUCCAUUGGUCUUAUCAACACUACUCUCGUGCACCCUCCUCUUCCCGCCGGUACUGGCAGCCAAGGAGAGCUGCCGGGAACGAACAGGUGGUGUGCGGUAUCGCCAAAUCUGUGGUCCCGCAAGACGAGCCUGGGUUGGUUCGAUAUACAGCAGGGCGAUGUGCAGGACAGUAUCGGUCCAAAGAACGACAACUUCUGGCCGGGACUUGGAAGGUGGCAAUUAGGAUAUGUGAUGAACGAUUGUGAAGUAGACUUUCCGGAUGGUAAAUACUGGGACCCUCCAAAGUCUACAAAUUGA